CCGAUACCUACUGAUGACGUCACACACCGGGAGGGUUCCCAUACACCAAGGAAAAUGGCUGCCUAUGUGGGCCGGGAGCGGCGGUGAGCCGGUGUUUAUUACAAGGGAUGAGGUGGAGGAGGUGUCACCGAGACCGGCAGUGAGUGAAACGUCUGCUUACCAUGGACACGGCUAAUGACAGCAUUGUCCCAUCCAUCACCGAACUUGAAGGAUAUCUCACUGAACACAAUUCCAAUGUCGUAUGGCUGCUUGUCGCUACUAUCUUGUCCUGUGGAUGGAUUAUUUAUCUAACUUAUUACAACUCUCGCAAUGUAGGACUCAUUUUAACACUGGUAUUAAAUAGAUUAUACAAAGAUGGAUAUAUUCAUAUUGGAUCGUUUUCUUUCUCUGUUCUUUCUGGAAAGAUUAUGCUACGUGAAAUCUACUACAUUACAGAGGACAUGUCGAUUAGAAUACAGGAUGGAUUUAUUAUAUUUCGAUGGUGGAAAAUGUAUAACCCAAAACAAAAACAACAUGAUCCCAAAGCAGAAACCAGGCUGUACAUCACAGUGAAUGAUUUUGAGUUCCAUGUUUACAAUCGCUCUCAUUUGUACGGACACCUUCAGGAAGUUUUUGGCUUAGACCCUACUAUAUUUCCUCCCAGGAAGGACGAUGAUAAAGUUCGAGAGAAUGGAAAACAAAAAGCACAAUCUGUACUUGAAAGUGGAAAUGUUAAAAUAGAAUCCCCAGAUCCAUCCUCAUCCUGGAGGUCUCUCAUACCAGUGAUUAAAGUGAAUAUCAGCACAGGGAGGUUAGCCUUUGGAAAUCAUUAUCAGCCGCAAACUCUGUGUGUCAAUUUUGAUGACGCAUUCCUCACAUACACGACAAAGCCACCAUCAAGUCACUUGGACCAGUUCAUGCACAUUUUAAAAGGCAAAUUGGAGAAUGUAAGGGUGAUGCUAGUUCCCAGUCCACGAUAUGUUGGUCUUCAAAAUGAUGAGCCUCCUAGACUCAUGGGAGAAGGAUUUGUGGUCAUGCAGUCAAAUGAUGUUGACAUCUACUACUACAUGGAUGAGCCAGGGCUUGUCCCAGAAGAUUCUGGAGAAAAUGUUGAAGAAGAAAGCAAUACAGAAGAUUCAAAGCUUCAAGAUUUACCACCUUGUUGGGGCUUAGACAUUGUCUGUGGAAAGGGAACUGAUUUUAACUAUGGCCCAUGGGCAGAUAGACAGAGAGAGUGCUUGUGGAAAUUUUUUUUCCCUCCAGACUAUCAGGUCUUGAAAGUUUCUGAUGUUCCACAGCCUGGAAAACCAAGACAGAUACUUGCAUUUGAAUUAAGAAUGAACAUAAUAGCUAAUGCUACUAUAGACUUGCUUUUUACAAAAAAUAAAGAAACAAAUGCUGUACAUGUGAAUGUGUGGGCAGGAUCUUACUUGGAAGUGAACAUCCCUAUGACUGUCACUGAAAAUGGUUAUUCUCCUACAAUCAAAGGGCAGUUAUUACAUGUUGACACUACUACUAGUAUGCAGUACAGGACACUACUUGAAGCAGAAAUGCUGGCAUUUCAUAUAAAUGCCAGCUAUCCCAGGGUGUGGAAUAUGCCCCAGACAUGGCAAUGUGAACUUGAGGUCUACAAAGCAACAUACAACUUUAUUUUUGCUCAGAAAAACUUUUUUACAGAUCUUAUUCAAGACUGGUCCAGUGACAGUCCACCUGAUUUGUUUUCCUUCGUCCCAUAUACCUGGAACUUAAAGAUCAUGUUUCAUCAGUUUGAGAUGAUCUGGGCGGCAAAUCAACACAAUUGGAUAGAUUGCUCAACAAGACAGCAAGAAAAUGUGUAUCUGGCUGCCUGUGGAGAAACAUUAAACAUUGAUUUUGCUCUGCCAUUUACUGAUUUUGUUCCAAGUACGUGCAGUACUAGAUUUUCCUUAAGAGCAGGAGAUGUAGACCUGCAUUUAUAUUUACCUGACUGCCACUCCAGUAAAUAUUCACUACUUACAUUGGUGAAAGACUGUCAUCUAAAUAAAACGAGUCCCGACUCUUGCAAUUCAGCAGAGAAUCAAAGUGGUCAAAAAAAUUGCAAACCAAAAUGGAGAAAUGUAACAAAAGCUGGGUCUGGAUGGGUGGAGUGUUGGACAGUUCCCACUGUUUUGUUAAAUAUUGACUAUACCUGGCAUCCAAUAUAUCCCCAAAAGGCUGAUGAACAAUUAAAACAGUCACUAUCAGAAAUGGAAGAAUCGAUGCUUUCAAUGCUGAGGCCUUCUCAGAGAACAUCAGAGAGAGUCAUGUCUCCCACUGCUUUAAGUAGACCUGCCGUAGAUCCUUCAGAACUGCCUCCAGAUAAACUGCAUGUGGAGCUAGAGCUUUCUGCGGACUCUCAAGUUAUUUUCUAUGGACCUCUCCUGAAGGCCUUUCUGUCCAUAAAGGAAAAUUACUUUGGAGAGGAUGACAUGUACACAGACUUUGAAGAAGUAAUAUCCAGUCCUGUGUUGUCUAUGGCCACAUCUUCUAGUUCCGGAUGGACUGCAGUAGGUAUGGAGAAUACCAAGAGAGACCAUGAUCAAGCAACUAAAGCCAUCCAUCCUUUGACACUAAGACCAUGGGAUAUCACUGUACUUCUCAAUGUGUACAAAGUUCAUGCCAAACUACCAGUGCACUGUGGUAGCGAUGGACCAGAUUGCCCUACUACUUUUCUUGAGAGACUCUGCUUCGAGAUGAAGAAAACAUACAGAGAAACAUUGCUUCAACUUGUCCUGUCACCGGUGUACAUAUUUGUAAAUGACAACUAUCAGAGGCCAGCAGUGGAUGGAAUGCUUCGAGAAGGUCACAUUAGCCUCUCUGGCUUACAGUUACGUGCCCAUGCAAUGUUCUCUGCAGAAGGCCUACCCCUAGGCACUGACAGUCUGGAAUAUGCAUGGUUGAUUGAUGUGCAGGCUGGUGCUCUCAGUGCAAUGGUCACCACACCACAACUGGCGUGCCUGCUGGAUUGGGGGCAGACCUUUGUGUUCCAUGUCGCAUGUAAUGAGUUCCAGCUGGAAAGGCCGAAGUCUGUUGUGAUAUGUCAGCAUGGUAUUGAUCGGAGGUUUUGUGAUGCAAAGCUGAGCUGUCAUCCGGGGCCCUGCCUUCCAGCAGAUGACUUGAAGUAUAGAAUGACCCGUCUCUCAGCAGACGGUGCAGAUAUUUACAUUGUCGAGCAUGGCUGUGCUACAAACAUUAAAAUGGGUGCUAUCCGACUUGCAAAUUGUAACCUCCAUAACCAGGCUGUAGGUGAAGGUAUUAGUGCAGCUAUUCAGGAUUUACAGCUAAGACAGUACAUUGAACAGUUGGACAGCAGCAGAUUGGGACUACAGCCUGCCGUUUUACGCAGAGCCUAUUGGCUGGAAACUGGCUCAGUGAUUUUAGGGCUCAUUACAGCAGACAUUGCUCUAGCCACUGAUCAUUCUUCCAAACAUGAGGUUCAAAGGAACUUUUUGGAAACUCAUGACAGCAGAACUAAAAGAUUGUGGUUCUUAUGGCCUGAUGACACUAUAAAGAACAAGAGGAGUAGAAAUAAGUGUGGAUGUCUGGGAGGGUGCAGGUUUUUCGGUGGCACUACCACAGGACUUGAUUUUUUUAGAUUGGAGGAGCUGACCCCAUCAAGUAGCUCUGCAUUUUCAAAUACCAGUUGUGAUUCAGAUAUGUUCUAUGGACAGUCUUUACUGCAACCUACCGAAUGGAUAAUUACUAAAGAAAUGCCAAAAGCAGGAGAAGCUAAGACUAAUGGCUGUAGAAGAAAGGAAUGGGAUGCAAGAUCUGUGGUGAUAGAGAUUGAAAGAAAAGCACAGCACUUAAGCCUACAAGUUCCACUACGUUCUCACAGCUCAUCAUCUUCUGAAGAGAAUAGUAGCUGUAGCGCUGCACUUCCUUUGCUGGCUGGUGAAAAAGACAGCCCAUCUUCUGUUACAGAGGAAAGCCUAGGACAAGUUGACUAUGCACCAAGAGCAAAAUCGCAAGAAUCCCAUGGAAGUGUUCCUCUUGAAACUUCGAGAAGUAGCCCUGUUUCUCCAAACUCUCAAGAUAGAUCUGUGGUUCAUUCUCCACUCCGAUCUCCUUUGAAACGUCAGGCAUCUGUAUGCUCAACAAAACGUGGCAGCACAAAGAGCCUGUCUGCUGCCUUUUAUGGGGACAAGGCUCCAGGACCUGUUGGAGUUCAGUUCAGUAGUGAUGUCUCACGUAGUGAUGAAAAUGUCCUGGAUUCACCAAAGCAAAGGAGGAGUUUUGGUUCCUUUCCCUACACUCCAUCAGCAGACUCCAACUCAUUUCAUCAAUACCGUUCAAUGGAUUCCAGCAUGUCAAUGGCAGACAGUGAAGCUUACUUUUCUGCCGCUGAAGAGUUUGAACCUAUAAGCAGUGAUGAAGGUCCAGGAACAUAUCCUGGGAGAAAAAGGCGGAAAAGGCAGACUCAAAAUAUUGACUACAGCCGUGGUUCAAUUUACCACAGUGUUGAAGGUCCUUUAACUGCAUCUGCCCAAGGAGAAGACAGGCUGGAUGCGAGAACAUUGCCAAUUCGAACUCAUGCUUCUCAGGCUUCAUUUGUCUCUGCUUUAGGAGGAGAAGAAGAGCCAUUGGAGCAUAUAUAUCCAGUGGAAGCUGAAAAAUCCAUAGAUAAUGAGCAAACUACUCAGCAGCCUGUAAUGUCUUGCUAUCAGAACUACCUGAGCCAAUUUCAAGUGUUUAACUGGUCGGUAAAGCACCCCACAAAUAAAAGGACUUCAAAGUCCUCCCUGCAUCGACCCUUAGAUUUGGAUACGCCAACUAGUGAGGAAAGUUCCAUGUCUUAUGAACAGCUCUGUGUCCCAACGUUUAAGGUCAUAAGACAAGGUCUUUCAGCCAAUACGUUACUUGACAGAGGGAUGCAACUCAUGGGCACUUCUUCUAGCACCCCUUACACUCCCUUAGAGAAAAAAUCAAUGGACAAUACAGAGGAUGAAACAAUAACUGAAGAAUGGACUCUUGAUCAGCCUGUUUCUCACACAAGAACAACAGCUAUUGUCGAAGUAAAAGGAGCAGUGGAUGUUGUUUUAAGUCCCCUUGUAGCUGAAGUAUUAGACAGGUACAUAGAGGCCAUGGUACAUUUCACCAGCACCCGGCAUCCAGCUGCGAUUGUUGAUGACCUACAUGCAAAGGUGCUAAAGGAAGCUGUGCAGAACAGUAAAACCACAUUCUCAGAAAAUUUACCAUCAAAGCAAGAUAAUAAAUUAUCCAAACCAGAGAGUCAUGUUAAAGGAAGCACAAAUCAAACACAGACCAAAGGUGGACUUAAUCAAGAUAAGGUGAAAAUCAAGGGUCUCCAAGCCAAUGUCUCAAUACCCAAGGUGAAUCUCUGUUUAUUACAAGCAUCCAUUGAAGAGUCUUCUAAUACAGCUGCAAAUAAAAGCAUUACCCAUGUUUCUUUAAUAGCACUUUGCUUCGAUAGAAUAGCUACACAAGUCCGCAUGAACAGAGGCAUAGUAGAAGAAUUGGCCAACAACCCAGAGACUGGUCGUCCACCUGUAAACUUGGAGAAAUAUGCCAAUGCUACAAAAAUGCAACCACAGUCAUCUGGGUCAUUGAGAUCCAAUGCUGGAGCAGAGAAAGGGAAAGAAAUAGCUGCCAAAUUAAAUGUUCAUCGAGUACAUGGUCAACUCAGAGGCUUAGAUACAUCAGACAUGGGAACCUGCGCAAUCACCACGAUUCCCUUUGAAAAAUCAAAGGUUCUGUUCACCCUGGAAGAAUUAGAUGAUUUCACUUUUGUGGAUGAAACUGAACAGCCUCCAACUACUGAUGUAACCCGCAUUGGUCCAAGUCAAGAAAAAUGGGGAUGGAUAAUGUUUGAGUGUGGAAUUGAAAACUUGGUCGUAAAAGGUGGACGGCAAUCUGGGGCUCUCUUGUACAAUUCAUUUGGUGUAAUGGGGAAAUCUAGCACCACUGAGCGGAAUGGACACUUUAAGUCUAAUGGUUCUUCAGAUUCACCUACUGGAAGUGGGUAUAGCACUGAUGUAUCUGAUGAUAAUAUCCCAUGUGAUGGCUUGAGCCCAUCCUCUGAUAUCAAUGGAUAUUCUGUGUCUGAUGAACAAGAUGAAGGUGUUGAAUCAGAUGACUUGAAAAAAGAUCUUCCACUAAUGCCUCCUCCUCCUGACUCAAGCAGCAUGAAGCUAACUAUUAAGGAGAUUUGGUUUAGCUUUGCAGCUCCAACAAAUGUACGGUCUCCAGCUCUUACUUUUUCCAGACAACUAAACCUGCUUAGUACUGCAACCCCGGCGGUUGGGGCAUGGUUGGUUCCUAUUGACCAAUUGAAAUCUUCACUUAACAAGCUGGAAACUGAGGAAACUUUGAGAGUCUGUGCUGUCAUGGGCUGUAUAAUGACUGAAGCACUGGAGAAUAAAAAUCUUCAUUAUCCCCUGAGAAGCAAGUAUAACAGGCUCACUAAACAAUCACGUUUCCUUCAAGAAAAUCCAUCCUGUCUGCUUUGUAACUUGCUUCAUCACUACUUACAUGAAGCCAAUUACUCCAUCAUUGAAGAUGCCACAUUGAGUGAUGGUCUCCCUGCCCUUGUCACAUUGAAAAAAGGUCUUGUUGCCCUGGCUAGGCAGUGGAUGAAGUUUAUUGUUGUCACUCCAGCUUUUAAGGGGGUACGUUUGGUCAGACCAACCCAGCCAAUGAAACCACUAAAUACUCUGAGGAGAGAUGAGGAUGAUCUGAAUGGUUUGGAGAAUGGUGGAGCUCUGCAGAGUGAUACCAGUGCAGAUGGUGCUGAGUUUGAGUUUGAUGCAGCUACGAUCAGUGAACACACCAUGCUUCUCGAAGGGACCAAUACCCGGCCUCCACCUGCAGGUGUUUCUUCUGGCCCUGUAAGUGGGGCUGAAAUUAUUAGGAAGUUAUCGAAGUCUCAUGCUCAUACUGAUUCAGCUCUGAAGAUUAAAGGGACCCACCCAUAUCAGUCUUUAAGCUACACUAGUGGAGACACCGCAAAUGAUUCUCCUGCUCAUGUCAGUAGAUCUGGAAUGCCUGUGAAAGAGAGCCCGAGGAAAGAAAGUCUUCUGAGCUACUUAACUGGGAGUUUCCCAAGUCUUCACAAUCUCUUGGAUGGAACACCACAGAGGAAUGCUACAGCUGUUAAAAGCAGUUCUCUUACGAGGACAGGGAUCCCUGUGGCCACAGAAAUGUUAUCAGAACAUCCUUUAUUGUCUGAACCAUCCUCUGUGAGCUUCUAUAACUGGAUGUCAAAUGCAGUGGGUAAUAGAGGCAGUGUGGUACACGAGUCACCCCUGAUCAAGUCUGGACACAACAGUCUUCCAACAGGAACUACACAUAACCUUCCAACGAUCCCAUCAGCUUCUGAUUUUAAUACCGUACUGUCCAGUGAUCAGAACACCUUGGAUGGAACUCAUUCUCAGCACAGCAGUAGCCAAGAGGAUAUUGCGGGAAUUGAAGAGGGCAACCAAGGGUUUCCAGCAGUCCAGCUUGCAGAUGCACAGGUGGUAUUCAAGCCUCUGCUCCGUCAUACAGGCAUCCAGUCACAAGAUGUUGUACCACUCAGCUAUAGGAUGUAUUUUGGAGAGUACUUGUCCUUUUCUGGUACGCUUGACUGUCUUAGAGCUGACAUAGUUGAUUCUGAUACGUCAAAGGAAAGAAGAAGUAAAAGAGCCAGAAGGCAAGGGGCCAUACAUCUACCUCCUCUUGAAUUCAAGCCAGCUUUGAUGCUAGAAACUUUCAGCAUUAAUGCAGUGAUAAUGGAGAAGUCUAUGUGCACACCGCAAAAUUCCACCAGUGCCCUCUCCUUUCAUGACCUUAGUAAGCGGUACUACAAUACCUUCCACUGCAACUUUACCAUUUCCUGCCAGUCAAUUAGUCAACAUGUAGACAUGGCUUUGGUAAGGCUUAUACAUCAGUUCAGUACUAUGAUUGAUGAUAUCAAAGCAACGCAGACCGAUAUCAAACUAAGCAGAUAUACAGCUGGUUCAGCAUCACCAACACCCACCUUCAAGACUAGAAAACACAGGGACUUUCGCUCCUCUGAUUUUAGCCGUAGCUCUCGGGGCAGUUUAAAUGGUGGCACCAGGGUAAAUAAUUUAAAGAACAAAAGAGCCAACAAUGAUAUCAACAAAAAAGAGUCCCGGAACAAGAACUCUUUGGGAAGGUCAGAGAGGAGAACCUCUAAGGUUUCUCGAAAAGGAUCAAAAGAUGCCGUAGAUCAUAUGACAAUUCAUAUGGAUGAUUCUGAUUCCAUAACUGUGUCUGAACAAAGUGAACCGUCGGCAGAAUGCUGGCAGAAUAUGUACAAGCUGCUAAACUUUUACUCUUUAAUCUCUGACCCCACUGGAUUUUUGGAAAAAUCAUCAGAACCACUUGCCCCUGCCGGAGGGAGGAGUCCGUCAGAGCCCACAUGCAGAGUGGUGUUUGAGAAUGAACAGGACAGUAAUAGCUUGAACAGGAGUCAGAGAAAACGUAGCUUGGUUACAGCUGAACCACAGCAUGUCACCUUGAUUGUUUUUGGAAUUGGUAUGGUGAAUCGCACCCAUUUAGAAGCUGACAUUGGAGGCCUGACAAUGGAAUCAGAACUCAAGAGGAUUCAUGGAAGUUUUACCUUAAAGGAAAAAAUGAAAGAUGUUCUGCAUCAGAAAAUGACUGAAACAUGUGCUACAGCCCAUAUUGGUGGUGUAAACAUUGUUCUUCUGGAAGGCAUUACACCAAAUAUUCAAUUGGAGGAUUUUCCUACAUCUCCAACAAGCACAGCCAAACAAGAGUUUCUGACUGUAGUGAAAUGCAGCAUUGCAAAAUCUCAAGCCCUUUAUAGUGCUCAAAGAGGCCUGAGGACAAGCAACGCUGCUGUCUUCAAAGUUGGAGCAAUCAGCAUAAAUAUCCCUCAGCACCCAGCAACUCUGCACAGCAUGAUGGUCCGUAGUUCUCACCAGCUCUCAAAGCAGAUCUCUGAUCUCAUCCGGCAGCCAUCGACAGUUGUGCCCCCAGCAAAAGAGGAUGUUGCCAAUCCAUUAAUCUCUGAAAAGACCCCCACUAGUGUAAACCAAACUCCCAUUGAAACCAAUGUGUUUCCUCAGCUCCCAGAGGGUCUGGAGAAGAAGCCUAUAGUUUUGAAGUUCAGUGCUAUGUUGGAUGGCAUUGCUAUUGGAGCUGCACUUCUACCAUCCCUUAAAGCAGAGUACAAAAUGGGAAGAAUGAGAAGUCAUGGAAUGACAGGUGCCCAAACAAGGUUUACUUUUGAGUUGCCAAAUCACAGAUUGCGCUUUACUUCAAAGAUAUCCCCUACAGAUAUGUCUGCAAUUCCCCCAUCAGCAAGUUUGAAUCUCCCUCCAGUCACAAUGCAUGGUAAAUACAUCAUGGAAGAACAUGACAAUUACUCAGAUCAGGCUUGGAGUAUGGACGACCUACUUGCCAAGCAGGGUUACUAUCUGCAAGGAAACUACUUACGCUGCGUGGCUGAGGUUGGGUCAUUUGAACACAAUCUUACUACUGAUCUAUUGAACCACUUGGUGUUUGUCCAAAAAGUCUUCAUGAAAGAAGUCAAUGAGGUCAUACAAAAAGUCUCAGGUGGAGAGCAGCCAAUCCCUCUCUGGAAUGAACAUGAUGGGACCACAGAUGGAGACAAACCAAAAAUCCUCCUUUAUUCCCUUAAUCUGCGCUUUAAAGGUAUUCAAGUGACAGCUACAACUCCAUCUAUGAGAGCGGUCAGAUUUGAGACAGGACUAAUAGAACUGGAGUUGUCUAAUCGGAUUCAAACAAAGGCCAUUCCUGGAAGCAGCAGCUAUUUAAAGCUUUUUGGAAAAUGUCAGGUUGACUUGAAUUUGGCACUUGGACAAAUUGUUAAGCAUCAGGUUUAUGAAGAGGCUGGAUCAGAUUUUCAUCAAGUUGCGUAUUUUAAAACACGCCUUGGCUUGCGUAACGCAUUCCAGGAGGAGAUCAGUGGCUCAGCAGGCAGAGAAGCAGUACUUAUCACUCUAAGUAGACCUAUAGUCUAUGCACAACCUGUGGCCUUUGACAGAGCUGUUUUGUUUUGGCUAAAUUACAAGGCAGCAUAUGAUAACUGGAAUGAACAGCGCUUGGCACUAAACAAAGAUAUUCACGUGGCAACUAAGGAAGUGGUGGACAUGCUGCCAGGGAUUCAACAGACAUCUGCACAGGCUCUGGGAACGCUCUUUCUUCAACUAACUGUUAAUGAUCUGGGUAUAUGUUUGCCCAUCACAAGUGCCCCUCCGGCAAACCAUACAGCUGACUUUGAUACCGGUUCUGCUUUGGUGCUUACAAUUGAGAGUACUCUAAUCACAGCCUGUUCCUCUGAGUCUUUGGUGAGCAAAGGGCACUUCAAAAAUUUCUGCAUUCGCUUUGCUGAUGGUUUUGAAACCUCAUGGGAUGAUUGGAAGCCAGAAAUUAGAUCUGAUCUGGUUAUGAAUGCAUGUGUUGUUCCUGAUGGAACAUACGAAGUUUGCUCCAGGACCACAGGACAGGCUUCUGCAGAAAGCAACAGUGCAGGCACAUGGACUUUGAAUGUUUUAUGGAAGAUGUGUGGCAUUGAUGUGCACAUGGACCCCAUUAUUGGUAAAAGGCUUAAUGCUCUCGGCAAUACACUAACCACACUGACUGGAGAAGAGGACAUAGAUGACAUUGCGGACUUGAACUCUGUGAAUAUAGCUGACCUGUCAGAUGAAGAUGAAGUUGACAGUAUGUCUCCCACAGUACAUGCAAACCCAGAAGCAGUUUUUGUAAAUGGAGAAAGCCUCAAACUUACCUUUGGUCAGCGACUUGUAAAUCACCUACUUGGCCUGAAACCUAAACGUCAACGUUACUCAGUCCCUGCAGAUUAUCUCUCUAGUUCAGAAAUAUCUGACUCCAGUUCUGUCCGGUCACAUAUGAACGCAAGCAGGUCUCACUCAUGGGCAAAUGAGACAGCUGACCACAGACGACAGGGGCAGCCUGGAUGUCAAACCAUAGAUCCACGAGGACGGAAAUUUGUGAAGCGUCUAGUUGAUAUUCGAGAGCUGAAUGAACAAGCCAAAGUUAUUGAUGAUCUCAAGAAACUUGGAGCAAGCGAAGGAACCAUAAACCAGGAAAUUCAGCGUUAUCAGCACCUUGAGUCUGUGGCAGUAAAUGAUAUCCGUAGAGAUGUCCGGAAGAAGCUACGCAGAUCCAGUAUGAGGGCUGCUUCACUGAAAGACAAAUGGGGUCUUGGAUAUAAGCCUAGCUAUAAUCGUUCCAAGAGCAUCACUGCAUCUGGAAGACCACCGCUAAAACGAACAGACAGAGCAAGUUCAAGAUUAGAUGGUGAAGAACUUCCUGAAAUACGUAUUGAAGCCGCUUCCCCUGCUGGGCCUAGAGUCACCUUCAACAUUCAAGACAGCUUGAAUAAUACAGUUUUAGGAAUAAAUCAUCAAUAUCGAUAUUCUUGGGAGGAAGGGUAUUUCAAGUUUCCAGAGGAGGUAGAUGGUGAUCUGUUGUCAGUUUCCAUUGAUGGUCCAUCUCAUUACUCAUCCAUUAGUGAUGGUGCACAUUCCGUGUUCAGUACCCCCAACACCCCACAAGUGUUUUCACCAGGCAUUCCUUUCCAGACCGAAGAAAAGAGAGAGGACACCACUUCAUCUUCAUCAGAGGAGUCCGAAAAAGAGGAAGACCAUGAUAGAGAAAAGAUGUAUAUUUACAGGAAACCUCAACCGAACACCCGCAAGAAGUCUUCUGGAUUUGCUGCGGUCCAUCAACUUUUUACAGAGCGCUGGCCAUCUACACCAUCAAGCCGAAACGUAUCCAGUACUGCGACUGAAAGAAACAUAGACUUCGAGCUAGACAUAAGAGUAGAAAUAGAUUGUGGUAAAUGUGUGCUUCACCCUACAACUCUACAGCCGGAUCAUGAUGACAUAAGUUUGAGAAGGAGCUAUGACAGAAGCUCUCGAAGUCUUGAUCAAGACUCUCCAUCUAAAAAGAAAAAGUUUCAAAACAAUUAUGCAUCAACAACUCACUUGCUGGCUGGGAAAAAAGUGCCAUCAUCUUUUCAAACUAAACCAAGUGACUCUGAAACCACAGUUUUUUAUAUUCCAGGAGUUGAUGUGAAGCUGCACUAUAACUCAAAAACACUAAAGACUGAGUCGCCAAAUGCAUCAAGAGGAUCAUCUUUGCCAAGAACCCUUUCAAAAGAAUCAAAACUGUAUGGUAUGAAAGAUACUGCAACAUCUCCUAUAACUAGUACUUUCCACAGCAAGACUAACACCUUAUUACCACCCCCUCCCCCACCUAUUCCCUCAGCCAAAGGAAAGGGAAGUGGUGGAGUGAAAACAGCAAAGCUAUAUGCCUGGGUAGCCUUACAGUCUCUGCCUGAAGAAAUGGUCAUCAGUCCAAAUCUUCUUGACUUUCUAGAGAAAGCCCUGGAAACUAUACCAAUAACACCCAUUGAAAGAAACUAUACUGCUGUAAGUACCCAAGAUGAAGAUAUUGGACAAUUUGAUCUCCAAGAUCCCCUAGAAGAAUCCACAACAUCACUGGUGUCCUCUUCAACAUCCGCCUACUCAUCGUUCCCUGUUGAUGUUGUUGUUUAUGUUAGAGUUCAGCCCUCCCAGAUCAAGUUUAGUUGCCUGCCAGUUUCACGUGUUGAAUGCAUGCUGAAGCUUCCAUCAUUAGACCUUGUCUUUUCCUCAAACCGAAGUGAACUAGAAACACUAGGAGCCACCCAUCCUUCAGAAUCCAGUGUUGGUAAUCUUUCUACAACAAGUGGGUCAAAACCAGUCCCGAACAAGUUGGGAGCGGCAGGGCCAUCACCAGGACUGGGAAGCCCUCUUGGAAGAACACGGCACAGCAGCAGCCAAUCAGAUCUGACCAGUUCAAGCAGCAACUCUUCAGGGCUGAGCUUUACAGCAUGCAUGUCGGAUUUUUCUCUCUAUGUGUUUCAUCCUUACGGAGCUGGCAAGCAGAAAUCUGGAGUUUCUGGUCUUGCUCCAGGACCUAGUGGCAUAGGAAAUGCUGAAGAGGAGCUUACAUCGGUAACUGGCCGAAAAGACUCCCUCAGUAUUAAUCUGGAGUUUGUCAAAGUCAGCUUGUCUAGAAUGAGACGCUCUGGUGGAACAUCUUUCUUUGAAAGUGUGUCACUUAAUAAAGGAUCAUGUAAAAUGGACACCACUUUAAUUAACAUCUCAGCUGUCUGUGAUAUAGGUUCUGCUUCAUUCAAGUAUGACAUGCGUCGUCUCAGUGAAAUUUUGGCAUUUCCAAGGGCAUGGUAUAGAAGAAGUAUUGCAAGAAGACUAUUUCUUGGUGAUCAAACCAUCAAUUUGCCAGCUUCUGGACCUGGAACUCCUGAUUCUAUUGAUGGAGUUAACCAGCAUCUCUCUCCUGAAUCAUCUCGCAAAGCCUACUGUAGAACCUGGGAGCAGCCCAGUCAGUCAGCCUCAUUCACUCACAUGGCACAGUCACCCAAUGUUUUUAAUGAACACACACCAAACAGUAACAUGUCUCCUGCCUCCUUGAAAUCUCCAGCAGUGGCUAGAUCUAGAAGUGUUUCUGACUCCUCAGUGCCACGCAGGGAUUCUGUCAGUAAGACUUCAACACCUUCAUUCAGCAAGGCCAGUAAACCAUCAAGCCAGCAGGGGUCCCCAUGGGAAACACUUGUUGUUUUUGCAAUCAAUCUGAAACAGCUGAAUGUUCAAAUGAAUAUGAGUAAUGUUAUGGGAAAUACAACAUGGACCACAAGUGGUCUAAAAAGCCAAGGACGUCUGUCUGUGGGAAGCAACCGAGAUAGGGAAAUCAGUAUGUCUGUAGGCCUUGGGAGAUCUCAGUUGGAUUCCAGAGGGGGAGUAGUCGGUGGUACAAUAGACGUUAACACAUUGGAGAUGGUUGCUCAUAUUUCAGAACAUCCCAAUCAACAGCCCAGUCAUAAGAUCCAGAUAACAAUGGGCUCCACUGAAGCCCGUGUUGAUUACAUGGGAUCCAGUAUCCUUAUGGGAAUCUUCAGUAACGCAGACCUAAAGUUACAGGAUGAGUGGAACGUUAACCUGUACACCCCAAUGGACACAAGCAUAUCUGACAAAAGUGUAAUAUUUAUCCACGGAGACCUACAGUGGGACAUUUUUCAGGUGAUGAUAUCACGAUCAACCACUCCAGACCUUAUUAAAAUUGGAAUGAAAUUGCAAGAAUUCUUCACUCAGCAGUUUGACACAAGCAAACGUGCACUGUCCACUUGGGGGCCUGUUCCGUACCUUCCACCCAAGGCUGUUGUGACCAACGUGGAAAAGAAUUCACGGGAACAAUUGCUGGAUGCUGCUCACCACCGUCACUGGCCAGGAGUACUCAAGAUUAUAUCUGGUUGCCACAUAUCCUUGUUUCAGAUACCACUACCAGAAGAUACUGUUCAGCUAGGAGGCUCUAUGAGCCUACAUGGCAAUCAUAUGACAUUAGCAUGUUUCCAUGGGCCCAAUUUCCGUUCAAAAUCUUGGGCAUUAUUUCAUUUAGAAGAGCCAAAUAUCGCAUUUUGGACUGAAGCACAAAAAAUUUGGGAAGAAGGCUCAAGUGAUCACUCAACAUACAUUGUACAAACCCUCGAUUUUCACCUUGGACACAACACAAUGGUCACUAAGCCCUGUGGGGCCCUGGAAAGUCCUAUGGCAACAAUCACUAAAAUCACACGAAGGCGUCAUGAAAACCCACCACAUGGAGUAGCUAGUGUAAAGGAAUGGUUUAACUAUGUCACUGCUAUGAGAAAUGAAGAACUAAACUUGCUUCGAAAUGUUGAUGCAAAUAAUCCAGAGAGCAGCACUGCGGUAAAAAAUGCAAGUUUGUUGAGUGGUUUUCAUGGAGGAUCCAGUUACAACCAUGAGACAGAGACCAUCUUUGCUUUACCUAGAAUGCAGCUGGACUUCAAAUCAAUACAUGUACAGGACCCACAAGAGCCUGCACUGCAAGAUGUUGACAGCAAACCAAAGGUGGAAUGCAGUGUUGUGACGGAGUUUACAGAUCAUAUCUGUGUUACUAUGGAUGCUGAGCUUAUUAUUUUUCUGCAUGAUCUGGUGUCUGCAUAUCUGAAGGAAAAAGAGAAAGUUAUUUUCCCACCGCGAGUCUUCACUACUCGUUCAGGGCAGAAGAGUCCUGUGAUACAGAUUGAUGAUGGCUCUUCUGAGAAGGACAGAGAGGAGGGCACUAACUACACAUAUGUGGACUGGCGGGAAUUCAUGUGCAAUACUUGGCACCUGGAGCCCACACUGAGGCUUAUAUCUUGGACAGGAAGAAAAAUUGAUCCUGUAGGUGUUGACUAUAUACUUCAGAAGUUAGGUUUUCACCAUGCAAGAACCACUAUUCCCAAAUGGCUUCAGCGUGGAGUAAUGGAUCCUCUGGACAAGGUUCUGUCAGUCCUCAUCAAAAAGCUUGGAUCAGCUUUACAAGAUGAGAAGGAUAAGAAAGGAAAAGACAAAGAGGAGCACUGAACAUGUAUAAAAUGUGAACAAAUGACAAAGAUCAAAUGAGUUACAUUUGUUUUUUAUAUUGUACAGGAAGAUGUUUUAAUAGGGAUUUAGAAGUGAGAAACUGCUUUUAUCUCUCAUCCCUGUGGACUGUUUAGCUGCAUCUCCUACUGUGAGCGCACACUUGGCCUUUGUCGUGAUAAAAUCUGCUACUGCAAUGUGUAUGUCACUACGUGAAAAUAGUUUCAAUACAUUCUGGCUGAGGGAAAGCUCACAUCCAUUUUCCUUCCAGCACUGUAUACAUCUCCGUAUAAAGACGACUCAGGGAUGAGAGGGGUUUGAUAAUUCCAUUGUGAAUGUACCUGUUUACUAUGGUGCAUGCUACCUUUCCACAAAGGAUAAAGCAUUGCAUGAUUAUGUAUAUUUUGGACUAAAUAUUGGGGUUCGACACUGUAAAAUGUCUGCAGUCAUGUUUUUAUUACAAUAUGUGCAAUAUUAUAAUUUUUCUGUUAUAACUGCAGAAUAUUAACUGUGAAUUUUUGUGAAUUUUUCCGUUGGCCAUAACAAUAAAUUGUUCACAAAUUUAAAUCUU